CCAACUCAACUCAACCAGCCAUGCACAAAAGCACUUCUGCUUCGUCCCUCGGCCCCGGCGGCCUGGACCUUGCUCAGGCCUUCUUCAAGCCCAUCCACGGCGCCGCCCCUCCCUCCCCCUCCAACCGCAACACCAAGAUCUCCGUCAUUGGCGCCGGCAAUGUCGGCAUGGCCAUCGCCCAGACUAUUCUCACCCAGGACCUCGCCGACGAGCUCGUCCUCGUCGAUGCCAUCCCCGACAACCUCCGCGGCGAGAUGCUCGAUCUCCAGCACGCCGCCGCCUUCCUCCCCCGCACCAAGAUCACCGCCUCCAUCGACUAUGCCAUCACCACCAACUCCGACCUCUGCAUUGUCACAGCCGGCGCCCGCCAGAUUCACGGCGAGUCCAGGCUUAACUUGCUCCAGAGGAACGUCGCUCUCUUCCGCAAGAUCAUCCCUCCGCUUGCCAAGUACUCGCCGGAGACUAUUUUGCUCAUUGUUUCGAAUCCGGUGGAUGUGUUGACCUAUGUGGCCUGGAAGCUGUCCGGGUUCCCCAGCAACCGGGUUGUCGGUUCGGGUACCAAUCUGGACUCCUCCCGGUUUCGGUUCCUGAUCGCUGAUCAUCUUGACGUUAGUGCUCAGGAUGUGCAGGCCUACAUUGUGGGGGAGCAUGGUGAUAGCUCAGUGGCACUAUGGUCGAGCAUUAGCGUAGGGGGAGUUCCGGUGUUGAGUUUCUUAAAGAAGCAGCAGAUAGCGUAUGAGAAAGAAACCCUUGAGAGCAUUCACAAAGCAGUGGUGGACAGUGCUUAUGAGGUUAUAAGUCUUAAAGGAUAUACUUCUUGGGCAAUAGGGUACUCGGCAGCCGGAUUAGCUCGGAGCAUACUGAGAGACCAGAGGAGUAUCCAUCCGGUUUCGGUGCUUGCAAAGGGGUUCUACGGUGUUGAUGGUGGGGAUGUGUUCUUGAGCUUGCCGUCUCAGCUUGGAAGGAGUGGAGUUUUGGGGGUGACCAAUGUGCAUUUGACAGAUGAAGAGGAGCAGAAGCUCAGGGAGUCGGCUAGGACCAUUUUGGAGGUGCAGAGUCAGUUGGGCUUGUGAAAGAU